CCUGGUCCAGGAAGAGCCGGGGAUGAGACCCCAGGGUCUGCUCUGGCUCACAGGGGCCCCCCCUCACCCAUCUCCUCACCCCCCAGAUGCCAAGAUCCGCAUCUUCGACUUGGGCCGGAAGAAGGCCAAGGUGGACGAGUUCCCCCUGUGCGGCCACAUGGUGUCGGAUGAAUAUGAGCAGCUCUCCUCCGAAGCGCUGGAGGCCGCCCGGAUCUGUGCCAACAAGUACAUGGUGAAGAGCUGCGGGAAGGACGGCUUCCACAUCCGCGUGCGCCUGCACCCCUUUCACGUCAUCCGCAUCAACAAGAUGUUGUCCUGCGCCGGCGCCGACAGGCUGCAGACGGGGAUGCGUGGCGCCUUCGGCAAGCCCCAGGGCACCGUGGCUCGGGUGCACAUUGGCCAGGUCAUCAUGUCCAUCCGCACCAAGGCCCAGAACAAGGAGCACGUGGUGGAGGCCCUGCGCAGAGCCAAGUUCAAGUUCCCUGGGCGCCAGAAGAUCCACAUCUCCAAGAAAUGGGGCUUCACCAAGUUCAACGCGGACGAGUUCGAGGACAUGGUGGCUGAGAAGCGGCUGCUGCCAGAUGGCUGUGGCGUAAAAUACAUCCCCACCCGGGGGCCCCUGGACAAGUGGCGGGCCCUGCACGCCGCCUGAGCCCCCCGGCUGCCCCCCAUCCCGGGGGCACCGCAACAGGAAUAAAAGCAUUGGCCUCUAA